AUGAAAAAUGACUCUUCAGUGAUUGAGUUUAUCCUUGUGGGAUUAACAGAGCAGCAUAAGCUCCAGCUGCCUUUGUUUCUUCUGUUUUUGGUCAACUAUGUGGUCACCAUCAUGGGAAAUUUAAGCUUAAUUAAUCUGAUUUGCCUGAAUUCUCACCUUCACACCCCCAUGUACUUUUUCCUCUUCAAUCUGUCCUUCAUUGAUUUCUGCUAUUCAUUUGUCUUUACUACCAAAAUGCUGAUGAGCUUUUUUUCAGAGAGAAACAUUAUCUCUUUUUCAGGAUGCAUGACUCAGCUAUUUUUCUUCUGCUUCUUUGUCAACUCUGAAUGUUAUGUGUUGACAGCCAUGGCCUCUGAUUGUUAUGUGGCUAUCUGCAAGCCCCUCAUAUACAUGGUGACAAUAUCUCCUAAAGUCUGUUUUCUGUUGAUGUCUGGUUCAUACAUGAUGGGGUUUGCUGGUGCCAUGGUGCACACAGGAUAUAUGAUAAGGUUGAUAUUUUGUGAUUCCAACAUCAUCAAACACUACAUGUGUGACAUCUUCCCCCUGCUCCAGCUCUCAUGUAGCAGCACCUAUGCUAAUGAGCAGGUAGCUUCCAUUAUUGCAGGCACAGUUGUCAUAGUAUCUAGCCUCAUUAUCUUUGCCUCUUAUACUUUGAUUCUUUUCAAUAUUUUUCAUAUGACAUCAUCUAAAGGUUGGUCCAAAGCUUUUAUCACCUGUGGUUCCCACAUAAUAACUGUUAGUCUAUUCUAUGGGUUUGGAAUCCUUACUCAUGUCAAGCCAUACUCUGCUGAGUCUGUGGACCAGGAUAAAUUUUUCUCAGUGUUUUAUACCAAUGUGGUACCCAUGCUGAAUCCCCUUAUCUAUAGCCUCAGAAACAAGGAUGUCAAACUUGCUCUGAAGAAAACUCUGAAUAGAAUUAUAAACUGA